GUCGCCGCGUGAGAGAGUGCCGAUCUCGAGACGACCUCGUGGAGUUGCGCGCGAUAUGUCAGUGUUUCUUUUGUUUUCCUCAAAUGUCAAAGGUUUCCCCAACGUUCGGAUAUCGCCUUGGAAUUGACUCGGCCAGAACCUGCUGAUGAUGAGGUUCGUAUUCUACAUCUGAAGACGAAAUAUGAUCUUCUGCUAGUUCAGAAUGAAGAUCAAACAUCAUCCCGGAAAAGCUGUCGUCCACGAUCCUUCGUGGUUAGAAAUGGACAUCCCCAACUAUACCAGAGGUAGGCAGUACGAGGCGAACUGGCUCGACACUCAAAAGAGCCUGUCUACUUCUUCCGGGAGGAACUCCUGGGAUAAAUACAGCGCGAAAAGCCUGGAAGGGACCCUGUCGGCCAAACUUGGUCCUUAUCAGAACAUGCUGCAAGAAUUAUCCCUCAAAACCGACGAUAUUUACACGUUACCCAGAAAAUUAGCCAAAGACAGCGUCAGACUGAAGUACCACAGUCAAAAGUGUCUGUCGCGGAUCAACGCCAAGUCCGUCUCGGACAUCGAGGAAGAAAUUCGGAAAUUCCAGAUGAACCCGAAGGAAGUCCCGAAGCCGAAACCACGAACGAAAGUUCCCAAAAAGAGCAACGAGGACAAGUCGACGCAACGAAAAUCGGUGAGAUUCGACGAGGUCGACACGGAAAUACCGAGCGUAUUCGAGGAAGAAGAAGAAAACGUCGUCGGUGGCGCGACGACCAAGGUCAGAGUCAUAGCGAACCCCUUGGACCGGCUGUACGAAGAAGAACUGUCGACUCUGUGCUCCAAGGAGCUGAAAGACAGCGGCGUAGAAUCGGACGAGGUGUGUCACGACAGGAUCAGCUCCUGGGUGGACGAGCAGAACCAGUACCUGGAGAAGAACGAGAAAAGGUCCAAGGGGGUGAGAUCCGGCACGGAACUGUACAGGAACGACAGCGGCUUCUACGAGACGAAGAAGGUGCGGCAGAGGAUACCGCCGAGGAUCUACGCGUCCACGUCGUCCGGUAGCGAUUUUUCCUCGCCGAAAUCGUCGUCGAGCAGCGACAGGCUGGACGAGGCACAGAUCUCGACGAUCCGCAAGGGCGUAGACGAGCCGGUCAGGAAGACCGCGAAGGCGACCAGCGGCGGCGCGAAAAACGAGGCGGCCAGUGACUUUCUGAUACCCAGACCGAAACUCAUAGUGCCCGUGCAUAGUUACGGUGUGAGAAGAAGAAGAACUGGCAAUCUUAUCAGUGAUAACGCGAUCUCCGAGUGCGAAUACGACGGUGGAGUGGAGAAGAACGACAAGGGGAGUAAAGAGGGAACCGUCGAGGUGUCCAGGGACAACAAGUACCUAAGCACCAUACGAGGCGGCAAAGUUCUCGGGGAGCUGGCCAUCUUGUACAACUGUCAAAGAACUGCCACCAUCAAAGCCGCCAGCGACUGCAAGCUAUGGGCCAUAGAGCGACAAUGUUUCCAGACGAUCAUGAUGAGGACGGGCCUCAUCAGACAGGCGGAAUACACGGACUUCUUGAAGAGCGUGCCGAUCUUCAAGAACCUGCCGGAGGACACGCUGAUCAAGAUCUCGGAUGUGCUGGAGGAGACCUUCUACGCCCAAGGGGAUUACAUCGUGAGACAAGGGGCCCGCGGUGACACCUUCUUCAUCAUCAGCAAGGGAAAGGUGAAGGUCACCAUGAAGACUGGAAACGACGCUGAGGAAAAGUACAUCAGGACCUUGGAAAAGGGCGAUUUCUUCGGCGAAAAAGCCUUGCAAGGGGACGAUUUGCGAACUGCCAACAUUAUAGCAUGCUCUGAAGGUGGAUGCUCAUGUUUGGUCAUCGACAAGGAAACCUUCAACCAGCUCAUUUCUGACUUGGACGAGAUCAAGACCAAAUACAAGGAUGAAGAAGGACUAGAAAGGCUCAGGAUCAACGAGGAGUUCGCCAACAUCCAGCUGAGCGACCUGAGGGUGCUGACAACGCUGGGGGUAGGAGGGUUCGGACGCGUCGAACUGGUGCAAAUAAUAUCCGAUCCUGGAAGAUCGUUUGCCUUGAAGCAGAUGAAAAAGGCGCAGAUCGUUGAAACCAGACAGCAACAGCACAUCAUGUCCGAGAAGGAAAUAAUGGGAGAGGCAAACUGCCAGUUUAUCGUCAAGCUGUUCAAGACGUUCAAAGAUCGCAAGUACCUGUACAUGCUGAUGGAGAGCUGUCUAGGGGGCGAGUUAUGGACGGUACUGAGGGAUAAGGGACACUUUGACGACGCCACCACGAGAUUCUACACGGCCUGCGUGGUCGAGGCCUUCGACUACCUGCACUCCAGAAACAUCAUCUAUAGGGAUUUGAAACCGGAGAAUUUGCUGCUCGACAACCAGGGUUACAUUAAACUGGUGGAUUUCGGUUUCGCCAAACGGCUCCAGACGGGCAGGAAGACCUGGACCUUCUGCGGUACUCCUGAGUACGUGGCACCUGAGGUCAUCCUCAACAAAGGACAUGACAUCAGCGCAGACUACUGGUCACUAGGUGUACUAAUGUUCGAACUUCUCACCGGCACACCACCUUUUACGGGGUCGGAUCCGAUGAAGACGUACAAUAUCAUCCUGAAAGGUAUAGAUGCCAUCGAGUUCCCCAGGAAUAUCACCAGAAACGCAAUGGCUUUGAUAAAGAAGCUCUGCAGGGACAAUCCAGCCGAGCGACUUGGCUAUCAGAAAGGAGGAAUCAGCGAGAUUCAAAAGCACAAAUGGUUCGACGGUUUUAACUGGGAAGGCCUGACGGAGAGAACACUGACGCCACCAAUCCUGCCAAAUGUCAAUUCGGUAGUUGACACAUCGAACUUCGACGAGUAUCCGCAAGACGUCGACGCCCCACCGCCUGACGACGUGAGCGGUUGGGACGCCGAUUUCUAAAACGGACAACGUUCAAAUUCUUGAUAUUAAAGGAGGCUGUGCCAGGUAGCCUUUACAGGAAUAUCGAUGACGGUCUAGGCUAGGGAGACCCUCUCGCAUUGUUUCCUGUUGGAUUUUCAAACAUUUUCUACUCGUAUUGUAAUAAGUGAUCAUUUAAUUGUUUGUAUAUGAAUUUUAAAGUUGCAAUUUUUUCUUUUAUUUUUUUAUUGCAUAUAGUCUUUGGUGCCAUUAAUGUUUCAAACUUUUGAAUAGUUAAAUUUUAUAAUUUUUAUGUCUCUAUGUUUUUAAACGAAUGUAUAUAUAUUGUAAUGAUUAUUAUUUAAAAAAAAAGUUACCUAAGUGGAAAACUAAUGGCAAUAUACUUUAUUAGGAAUUCUGUGAAUACUUUAUGUUGUACAUUGAAUAUUUUAAGUGAUGAAUAAAGUUUACUGCAGA